AGGGCAUUUUAUCAAAUAGCCCACAUACCUCCCCUCUCGAACCACGCGGCGAAGCCUUCCUGCCACCGCUCCCUCUCUGCCCCUCUGCUGGAGUGCAGUGCAGACCCAUCCGGACUUUGACGAUUUUCCGUUGGCAAGGAGCACAGCUCCCUAGCAUGAGGAGCUGGGGUGGCCGCCCCGAGUCGUUCCUUUUCGCAUCGUUCGUCGCCGUCUCUUGCCUUCUCCUCGUGUCCGGAUCGGAUCAGGAAUUCCAUGGAGGGACUGGAUCCAGAUUACUUCACCAAAUAAAGUCACACGAGGUGCAUUGCUCAAGAGAAAGGAGCCGUGCAGCUUGGAAAGCUGUUGACGAGUAUUUGAUGCCAUUUGUGGAAAAGGAGAAAUAUGAACUCCCAAGCAAAUGCAGGCUUCAUCCUGAAAAUGACAUGUUUCGGGAACAAGAGCAACAUAAGAUCCAUUUUGAUAUUAACGAGUGGCGCUGUGGCUUCUGCAAGAAAUCUUUUCGGGCAGAGAAAUUUAUCGACCAGCAUUUUGCAAACCGGCACAAUAAUCUGGUCGAUAAUAGUCAAGGAAGAUGCUUGGCAGAUCUUUGUGGAGCACUUCACUGUGAUCUGGCUAUGGAGUUCAAGAAACCAAAGAGUAAAUGUAAUGCUGCUGCAGCUGCAAGGAACCGCCAUCUUUGUGAGAGCCUUGCAGAUAGUUGCUUUCCUAUUAAUCAAGGGCAUUCUGCCAGCCGGCUUCAUGAAUUUUUCUUGCACCAAUUCUGUGAUGCUCACACAUGCAACGGGCGCUCCAAACCCUUCCCCAAAGGUGGCAGGAAACAAACAAAUAGAUUCUACCUGGCUCUCUGCAUCUUGACGUUGCUGCUUUUGCCACUGCUCUAUCUCAUAGUAUUUUUGCACCAGAGGGAAAUGAAGAAAGGAGAUAAAGUUUUUGAACGAAUUGCAAAACGUGCGCACAAGAAAAAACCAUCCUAGUUAGAGGUUGCAGAAGAUAUUCUUUGAUGUCAUGCUCAAACCGGAACAUUAUUGACCUCGGCAAUUAGCUCCUGGAAUGCGGAGAUUACAUGACUUGGACUAUUGUACAACAUUCUGUGUAUGGGAAAGUUCAAAGCUGUGUCGAUGGUAUCCCUGUAUCUUGGCCAGAAUUGAGUUCUCUACUGGUGCUGUAGAUUGUGGAUUAGGAGUGUUUACAUAAUUUUCUGUAAUUAUUGGAGGGCUAUCUGUGAUGUUCAUAAGAGUGUUCAGUCUCUUCUGAGAGGAUUCGGUCCAUAUGCAUCAACAGAUUACUCCGGGAACAGAUUAUAAGUGUCACAUCGUCACUCUGAUUA